AUUCUUAACGCCUUCUGUCUAGUUAUAAGUAAACGUGUAGUUUUGACAACAAUAUUAUAUGCUAACAAUACUACGAAACCCGCCUUACCUUAUCCUAUCUUAGCUCGUUGGGCCAUCGGUGACGCUUUUGUAACAUUUCAGCGAUUUCGUACUGGGAUAGUCUUUCGGAUAAAAAGUUCCAGCUACGACUUCGAGGUAUAUCGUCUCCGCUACGCCGAAGUGUUUAACUCACUGUCCGCAAGCUUUUUGCGCCUACCAGAGUGAAUUAUGGGUGACAUAAGCGCGUCUUAAUUGUCAUGAAAUCAACGCGAUAUUCAAUCUCAAGACAGAAGGUCUGCCAGCAAUGCUCAGCCUCCAAGGCAAAAUGUGACCGUUCCGAGAGCGGCUGCUCAAGGUGCGUCCAGAGAGGCUUGACAUGCAUUUACCCUGGAAUGCCUUGCUCGCCGGACUCGAUACCUGUUGUGGAUGAGCGGGCGACGCGGAACCGCCGGACUACAACAGUUGAGUCUGGUGAUGAGAAUGCGGCACCAGCACGGGUGCUGCCUAGGACAAAUAAUUUGCAACUGCACGAAAAUCACUCUCGUACAGAUAGAGAUGUGUCCCCUCCGUGGGGGCCGACUUCGGCACCUCGUCAUGUACAUGAUGAAUUCGACGAACUGGAUAUCAAUGACUUUGUUGACCUCGGACUAAUUUGUCCGAUCAAUGCAGAAAGCAUUGCUAACCGCUGGCUGGGAGCAUACAUCCCGCUACCGAACCAAAAGGUCAAGAAAUACCCUACUGCAAUUUCAACCUUCCUACAUCAAAUAUUAAAAUCAUAUGUUACCGUAACUAUCCGCGGGCGAGGCUAUCCGCCAUUCAUACAUGCUGCUCAAGUUACCACGCGCCUAAUCAGACCCCCUCUAUCCACGUGCUUAAGCUUGGUUCGCAUGUGCGAGCAUCAAUUGCCCGGUAGUGAAGAAACGACAGCCACCGUCCUCCAGCGAGAGAUGCAGAAUUUAUUUGAGCAUCGUGAGACCUUUGACGCCACAACUCUACUCUGUGCUUUCCAGGCCUAUCUAAUAUUUACCAUGGUACUGUUCUUUCGUCUCGGUCAAAUCUCAAGUCCAUUUCUCCGCGAGGCCGUCAUGAAUCUUCAAGAGUUUGCUUGCGCAGCGGCAAGGAGGGGUCUUGUGUGUGAUGCUGAGCAGCAAUAUCUUAGGCCGAAGUGGGAAUCGUGGAUUGUGGCGGAGGCGAACCGACGCACUCUGUACACCAUGUAUCUUUUUGAUGGCGUGCUUUCUGCCUACGAUGGUUUACCGACUUUCGUUGGAACGGAACUCUCGGGUCUACCUGCUCCCGCAAACCAGACGCUCUGGAGAGCUGGUGUACGGGAGCAGUGGAAUGCAGCUUAUAAUACGUUCCUGGCGGAUUGGAGUGAGGGUGGCCUUCGUAUCGAUGAGCUGUGGCCUGUUCCUGAUCAUUUUGGGGAAAGUGAUGUGACAAGGAGGCGAAACAGGGUCGAUCGCUGGCUCGAAGGCCUUGACGAAUAUGGAACCAUGCUCUAUGCUGUAACUAGCUGUACGCACGGUUAGGCAACACUGAUUUUGAACAGAGCUUAUAGCCUUUGAUCAAUUGGCAUUCCUAGAUUAUCGACAAGUCUAUUCCGAAGCACGACGAAUGCAGAGAACAUACUCGAUGCUGCGAAUUUCUUUGUUCGCUUCUUUGCUUUCCCUACAUCUCGCCGUUUCCGGCGCUAUGGU